AUAAGAACUUGUAUCUUACAAAAGUCUAUCCAUCCCAAAUUGAAUCCCACAAAAUGUAUCCGAUAAUGAAUGAUCAUCCAAGCUAUUCAUCUGACAGCCAUAUGGGUCCUGUCCCAGCUUCAGGAGUUCCGGACCCUGGCCCUGCACAGCCUUAUCCUGUUCACCAUCAUGCAUAUAUCUCCAACAGCUUGCCCCGGGCUCCCCCGGCUCCUGUAUCCGGGCAGUGGACAUCUGGUCUUUGCCAUUGUUUCGAUGACCCUGUCAAUUGCGUGAUUACUUGCGUUUGUCCUUGCAUCACUUUUGGACAGAUUACUGAGAUCGUGAACAGAGGAUCCAAAUCUUGUGUUUCAAGGGGUUUGCUGUUUGGGCUGCUGGCUUUAACCGGCUGUGCUUGCUUUUAUUCAUGCUUCUAUCGCUCAAAGCUAAGGGGACAGUAUGACUUACAAGAGGAACCAUGCACUGAUUGCCUAGUUCACUUCUGCUGUUGGUCAUGUGCUCUCUGUCAAGAAUACAGAGAGCUCAAGAAUCGUGGGUUUGACAUGGGGAUAGGUUGGGAAGCCAACAUGGACAGACAAAAGCGUGGAGUUACGGUGGCUCCUAUAGUAAUUCCCGGAAUGGCAAGAUGAUAAUUAACAUCUUUUAUUACGUCUCAUAGCUGACUUGGCUUCGCUGCUGCUGCUGCUGCCUCCCUCUGUGUGCUUGUGAAGCUCCCUGUUUUUGUUGUGCAUAUGCUAUUUGCCUCCCAUUUGGUGUGUGCUUUAUCCAUCUGAUAUUUGCAACAGAUUAAAAACAAAAUGAAUAGAGGUUGUGCCUUGAGAAAACAGGUUCAAUCAAAUUUAGUUUCGAAAUGCUUCUCGAAUUCCUACAAAUGUUCGUCUUUUUUAUGAAAUUCAGUCACAUAAAGAUUGUUUUGGGUUCAAACAUAUAUCACGGAUUUCACGUUAGUAAAAGAUGGGGUGUAUUUUGGAUAUGUAAACAUAGGUCUUCUAUCAAUUAUCAGGCAUAUAUUUUGAAUUGAGAA